GGCUGCUCCACCCUCACUUUGUGUCAGCAGGUAGAAAGUGCUUGCAGUCCCAGGGGAGGGAGGCAGAGAGCAGAGAGCACAAGCUACGAGCCACAGGUUUUUUUUGGAAGGGUUUUUGCCUCCCAGGAGCUGAUCCAGUGGUGCUGUUCGGGAAAGGAAGCUCUCCCACAACCUCUGCAGAACUGCCCAAGUCCACUCUACCCCACGGGUCCCUGCUACUCCUUUGAAGAACAAGAUCACAUUCUCCCUUAAAGCAACCUUCCGAAGUUUGCCGCUGGAUUUCUGCUGUUUGAAGCAACUUCUUUCCUGCUCCCUGCUUAGACUUGCUUGCUGUAUCUGCUGAAAGAAGGGGGGGGGUUCUGCUCAAACUCGAAAGGAGUUUUCAGAAGUGCUCCUGGAUUCCUAGCAAGAUUUUUUUAGCUUGCUUUGGAAGCUAGAUUGUCGCCACGCCUGGCCCACGAGUCUUCAGCCUGGAGUCAAUUUUUCCUUCUGAUUCAGACUGGAAUUUCACAUUUACCUGUAUAGAAUGUCUCUGCAAGUCUCCUCACUCUCCCCUCACUCCCUGAAAUCUGUAAGUAAGAUUCAGCACACAUUUUGAUUGAUUACUGAAAUAUUUUUUUGUCCAGGAUUUGUAGUGAACCUUCCAGCUGUUACUUAAACCCAUGGAUUAUCAGAAGCAAACUACAUACCAGGUUUGCAUGCCACUUAAAAAGAAAUAUUUUCCCUCCUUUUCUUGACUGAACAAACAUUUUCACAGAUAAAUGUCUAUGACUUUCUGCAGUCAUGAAGAUUUCCUGUGGAUAUUUUUUUUCUAAUGUUUAGGAUGCCUUUUAUGUUUUCAGUAAUGCACAUCUAAAAGCGGAUAUAUUAAUUCCGAGAUUCGCAUAGGAAUGGAAUAAAAUGCACAGGUGUCUCUCUCCGUAGUUGUUUUUCCUGUUUGGGGCCUUUUUAAAUUUCCGAGAUCUGAAAAACAUCUAAGCAAUGUCUUGUUCCUUUCGUGAAUUUAGGGAGUUGCAGAUUAUACCAUCUGGAUUAAAAAUGACAAACGGGUGGAAAAUUCCAACCUAGAAGAUUGAUUUUAAUACCCACAACCAGGUGACUGUGGUGUUGGCACCAGAGGCAGGUGGAGAGAAAUAGAUGAAGACAUAGCUGAUGACAGUGAUCUUAAUUUAACAUGAAAAAAACUGGUUGACUGUUCUGACUCCUAAAUGGAGCCCCUUCCCAGUCACCAUUGCCUGUUCAUGUGUGGCAUGGAAAGGAGAGAGAGACAAGAAUAGUUAACGUUCUUGGAGAGGAGUAGAUGGGAAAAGUAACUCACUGGUCAGAAGUCAACAAGGGCUGCUAAGGCCAUCUGAUAUCAGGGGAUUGGCCCUGUUUGCCAUCCUAGGAUAUAAGAGGCUAAAAGGAUCUGGGAAGCAGAGAUUGUCUUUCCAUGGGGAACUGCCUCUCUCCAACCACCAGCUCUGACACCCUUCCCAGAAGAACCCAAGAGCUCUUUGUACCCUACGCUCCCCGAGCCCCCUUGGUUCUGCUUACAACGUCUGAGUUCAUCUGGAGGAGGAGGAGGAGGAGGACGAGGACCUGACCUGAUCCUUGUAAUCUUGUGGAGCUUGAGGCCUUCAUACACGUGGCACGGAGAAACCCUCCUAGAUUGGGGAAAACCAGGAGAACCCGGAGGUAGGGACGGCAGGUAACCCUGCUCUGUUUUCUCCUCUGACCCAUUGACUGCCGUCGCCACACGGAGGGCUUCUAAUCCUCAACAAUUUUUGCCUGUUGUUGGAACCUGCUGGUGGGGUGAGGACACAUUCCUGAGCAGUAUGUGUGGCCGGAGCGCACUGCUGCACCUGGGAGCAUGAGUGUUGGCCCCCAGCUACAGCUGGCAGUCCUCUGGCCUUGGCUGCUAAUGGCUACGCUGCAGAUACGCCUGGGCUACUCAGGACUGGCUCUGGUGGCGGCCAUGGAAGCUGAGCGCUCUUUGGCCCAGAAGGCAAUAAUCCGGGUGAUCCCUCUGAAGCUGGAGCCCCUCACACUGGAAGGAGUCUUCGCAAGUGUGGCCGAGGUCACCCCAGCUGAAGGGAAACUGCUGCAGUUCCACCCCCUGUCUCUGUGCAACACCAGCGAGGAUGAGCACACGGUCCCAGGAUUUGUCUCCAUUGUCAAACUGGAAGGGCCCAACCGAGAUCCCCACCCCUGCCUGUCCUUGGCCAACAAGGCCAAGCUGGCAGGGGAGAGAGGAGCUCGCGCCGUCCUGUUUGACAUCACGGACGACCAAAGUGCUGUCGACCAGCUGAGAAAUCCGCGAGGGCUCAGUCACCCCGUUGUUCUGAUUUGGGGCCACGAUGCCGAGCAGCUGAUGGGCGUGGUGAACAACAACCGAGAAGCCCACGUGAAGAUUGAGGUGAAAGAGAUGGCGGCCUGGCCUGACUAUGAUGUUUGGAUACUCCUCACCGUCAUGAGCACCGUUCUGGUGAUCGUUUUAAUCUUCAUUGUCCGUACUCGUUGUCAGCCAAGCAGAGAUCGGACUAACGUGCAGGAAGAGACCCUGCAAGCCAUCAACCAGCUGGCCACGCGGAGGUAUCAAGCCCGCUGCCGGCAAGCCCCCACGGGGGACUCUGUCAGCACCUGCAGCUCGGCCCCCGUCUGCGCCAUCUGCCUGGAGGAGUUCUCCGAGGGCCAGGAACUCCGCAUCAUCACCUGCUUCCACGAGUUCCACCGGCACUGCGUUGACCGCUGGCUCCUUGAGCGCCAAACGUGUCCACUGUGCAUGUUCAACAUCAUUGACCGGGGUCCUUCCGCCUUGCCCAGGCAUACCCACGAGGAGCCCCCUAACUCAGGACUGGGGCAGAGGCCCCGCUUCUUCCGGCAACACCCUGGGCGCGCCUUGUACCACUUCCCGCGGACGAUCCCUCAGAUGCCCCCUGGGAGCUGCUCUUCGACGCUCCCCCAUGGGCACCCUUUCUUCCACUCCCCGGAGCUCUCCCAGCUGGAUUUGGGCACCAUGCAUUACUUGCCCUAUCGGCCGGUGGGCUUUGAGCCUCCUUGGUGUAGCCGCCAGCCCCCCCUCACCCGAGGCCUGCUGGUUCCUCAGCGCCAGGACUCUCUGGGCUGUGAGCCGGGCCUGCCCUCCCGCCGGACCUGCCUGCUGCAGCACCAGCCUUCCUGCCGAGGCCUCCGGGGGCCCCUCAUGGCCAAGCCGAGCCGUGCCAUUCCUCCGCACCGGGGUAUCCGCCACGGGCGGCACCAUCACCACCACCACAGCAGUGGCUCCGGGGAGAGUUACCUCACGGAGCCCAGCGGCUACCUCCCUGAUGGACCCGGGAGUGACUCCAGCUCAGGUCCUUGCCAUGGAUCCUCCAGCGAUUCCAUGGUGAAUUGCACGGACGUGAGCCUCCAGGCCAUCCACGGAAGCUGCUCCACUUUCCGCAGCUCCCUGAGCAGCGAUUACGACCCAUUCGCCUUCUGUGGCUCCGAGAAGUCGGCCGCAGAAAGCUGCCCCACGCCCUCUCCGUCGUGGAGAGACCCACGGCCUCCGCCGGUAGACUCGGUGGCAGCAGGCCGGCCGCCGGUGGCCAGUAGCCAUGUCCAUUACCACCACCACCUCCACAGGCACCACCAUUACGGACGGUGCCCCCCAGACUGUGCAAAUGGCCAAGAACCCGGUUCGCGGAAGGCAAAACCUCCAAGGGCCAAGACAGGAUCUCAUGGCGCCCAGGCGCAAAAACGGACAGAGAAAAUGCCUUCGUCAGAAGGCGGAUCUGCCUCCCUGGAGGCCUCUUCAGCCAGACAGCCCACUUGCUUGCCGCAAAGACAGCCAGAGUUUUCCAUAGCAGACAGGUCAAACCUCAAAGCAGCAGACAGUGGUGCUCUUGGGCCAUGGACGUCUCAGAAACGCUGUUUGCAAAUCCAUCCCAGUAGAAGGAGAUGGAAGUGCCCCCUCAAGGCUUCCCCAUCCUCUUUGCCUGAAGACUCAAAUGUGCCCCCUGUCUGCAGCGUCCCCCACCCUCCUGGUCCUGCUGCUGGAAGCUCCUCCUCCUCUGCAGAGGUCCAACCUCUCUUAGAAACUGGUCCCUCCGGGCAUCAUUUUGCAACCUCGUCACACUCGGCCACGGAGCCUCAGGAGCAGGCGGACAGGCUGGAAUGCAAGGCCACGAGUCCUAGGGAAUAUCCGAGGCUGGACACCAUGGGAAAUGAUGCCAGCUUUUACCUCAGCUGCCAAAUUCUGCCAGAGCUUCGGGGAUCUAAAGACGAUAUCCCAGAUGUUUAUGAACAUUCGGUUUGACACGAGGUGAACUUAUUUGCUGCGUUAGGCAGCUGCAGAAAAUUCAAAAAACGGCGCAGAAACUCGGCGAAGAGAAUGGACUUUCUGACUUUCCUUUCCUGCCCGCAGUGUGGUUGUCAGUCGUAAGAAGCUCCUUGUCCACGCAGCCCCUGCCUCAUCCACUGUUAAUAUCAUGGUUAUGCAUCUUGCUCCCUGCCUGCCUAACCUGUAUGCAACAUUUGACAAACAUAAGCUGCCAAGAUCACUUGCCCAUUUUCAAAAAAGUUGCCAUCUUUCUGGGGUAGGAGGAGGCUUGGUCCUUUUGUUCCUGGUGUCAGGAGGAGCCAAAUCAUUCUGAAGUUCAAGGGCGGAGGGGGGAAAAGCUGCUUUCCGCCCCUUCACUCUGCAGCUCUUUGUAAGUUUGGUAAUCUGUGUACUGCUGAACACCAAAAUGAAAACCCCAGGUAAAUCCACUCCCCGCACAAAUCAGGCACGAUGCAGUGCAGUUUUGAGGUCAUGCAGAGAGAUCAGCCCAUCCUGGGUCCCUCUUUCUGCCAUUGUGUGGGGUGGGGCACCCAAUGAGGUUUGGGUUCAAAGCAAAUGUAAUUUGUAAGGAUCAAGCACAUAAUUCCCUCUCGCCAACCUGACUUAGCAUCCUGUUGGGAAUCCCCCUGCUCCUGCCCACUUAAGAAUGUUCUUCAUCUUUUCAGUUUUGCACCAGAUUCAGAUGCAUGGGAGGAACUCACACAAGCUGCCCUGCCAACACCCUGGAAAGCGCAAUGGUGGCACAGGAGAAUUUCAAACCUGCAUUAUACUUUUGAGUUAUGUGGGACUCUCAUCAGCCUCAUUGUGGCUGAGCCAGUCUCUGCUCAGAGUUUCUUUGAGUUGCAAAUAUCAUCAGAUGCACUAACUGUGCGUCAUCUUUAGGGAGGCUGGAUCCAUAUACCGCUCAAAGGUUGAGCCAGCGAUACCCAGGCGCUUCCUAGCUGACUUUGCAAUUGCCCCAAGACUUCAGUUCUUCACAUGGUAGUCCCACACCAAAGAUUUAAAUCCUGUUAAUUUUGCCUUUCUACCAAAAUAUUAUGCAAGCUCCCUCUUAUACUAUUGCCCACGUGGAGGAGCUUUUAUUUCUUGAUAUCCAAGCACACAUUGGUGAAAAAUCCAAACCCCUGCAGAGUAUUUCUAUUCUGCUUUAACUGAGGAAGAUAAGGAGUUGAGCUUGGUAGUUAGAGCAAAAGUUUGCAUGUUUAUGUUUUUUUACAUGAGGACUUAUUGCAGCUACGAGGGAAUACAAACUGGUAUUUAGCAAGCAGUAACACAUCCCCAUGCAAACAGCUGCUUGGCUGGAAGGCUCUCAUCUCGACACAACCUGCUUACUCAGUGGCACAAAAAUGCUGUGGUAUUUUACCAGUUUAUAAAUGAUUGUCUGCGUUCACACAGAAUGUUUGGGAAUGUGGACAACAUUGUUAUGAAUAAUCUAAUGUGUGGCAAAGAGAGGCACAGCUAUGGGUUUUUCGUCACUGAGAAAUGAAACCUGAAAGGUAAUAUAUCUGUGGUCACACCUCAGGGCAUGUCCACACCACGGAAUUAAACCAGUUUAACAGUUACUAACACUGUGGACUGUGAUUCUGCAAUUUUGUUUGCUAUACUACCAUUUUGCUGGAUUCUCUGGAUUCUUCAUUCCUGAGAUGUAUUUAAAAGCAUCAUCUCGUGCAAUAAGGGCUUGAGUUUCUUUUGGCUGAGGGCAUCUGAAUUUUUUGGCUAGGAGACAAGAAGAGGGUGGCCUGAUCAACAUUUCAAAAACAAAGGAGCACCCUAGAGCAGCAGGGCAUGUGGUCUAAGGAUCAAUCACUGCCUUAAUAGUGAAGUUAUUUGAAAACAAUUGCCAACCUGGUGCCCUCCAGCUGUGGCUGAUGGGAGCCAUGGUCCAGAACAUUUAGAGGGUGCCAGGUUAGCAAAGCCCAUUCUAUGGGGUGGCUUCCAUUUUUCCCAUGCUAGGAGUACCUGUUGAAUGGAGCACAAUUUAUCUCACGUGUAAGAGGGAAGUUAAAAUGAGUACAUCUUUCCUUUCCUUUCUGUUAGGGUUACUGGAAAAUAUCUUCAGAGCCAAAAUGUGGCAAUACAAAACGGCAGAGCUCCUUUUGAUGUUUUGAAAUCUUCUCUCAAAGGAGUUGCAAAGCAUGGGUGUCAUUUUGACUUCAGUUCUGUUUCAGUCAAAAUCAAAACACACAUUGUUAUUAAGGGGGGAUAAAACUACAGGAUACAGUCCAGGGCCGAUAGCUCCAAAGUUAAAGUUAUUACAAAUGGGCAACCAGCAAAGGGGUUGGAUGUUGGCACCGUUCCCCCAAGAUGCUCCUGGAGGUCUGCUCCUGGUGGUCUGCUCCUUCCUCCUGGAAACCUCAGACCCUUUGAAAUGUGAACGAGGAAUUUAUUUUUGUACUUUUUAAUUACAUUUCCUGAGUCUACAUUGCAGGCACUUGGGUACUUUUGUAAACCAAAAAAAGAGAGGAAGAAAUAAUGUUUAUGUACAUACGUAUGCAAAACGAUAUAUUUAUGUUUAAGAGAUAGAGAUUGUUUGAAUAUGGGGAUGUGCUCAAACCUAUUUAUUUUGCUAAUAUAUUUAUCCACAUGUGAAGCUCUUCAUGUGGCCGUUAUUUUUUUCCUGUAUAAAGUCACUGGGUGCCUAUGUUCAAGAAGAUGCCUCUUCCUCAUUCCUCAGAAAUAAAUUAUUUUUAAUCUCUGUA